UUUAUUUUUAGGAAGUAAUAGUUAUUUAAAAUGCAGUCAUUUAGUUAGUUAUUCAUAAGGCAUAAGAAUUGAUGAAUGAUGUUUUCACUGUAAAGUAAUCUUCUACAUCUGGUCUGAUGGCCACAUACGAUAACACAGUGCAAGGUUUCAAACUAUUCUUAGAGGAUUACACAAAGACGGAUUGUCCUACUGAUGAAACACCUUUGCCUUUUCGUCCUCAAUCAUUUAUCCUGACUGAAGAUGAAAUUAAAGGGGAUGUGUUGGAUUCAUGUCUGAAUGUAUUAGACACUGCACAAUGUCCAGAGAUCCUCAAGUAUUCCAUCGCAAAUGAAGUCGGAAACCACGUCAUAGCUGGCGGUCUAGAACAAUACAAAAAAGAAAUUCAGAAUGUAGAUUUCGAAACACCAUGCACUUAUUAUUCAGCAAUAGCAAUUGCCAAAGUAUCUGUCAUUGAAGUUUAUCACUUAUGCGAAAAAUGGAAAAAUGAUUUUCCCGGUUUUAAAAUUCCAGUGUUACCCACUUAUUCUGUGUGCGGGAUUAAAAAUACUCGACGGAAAAUGGAAGACAGGCACACUGUGAUCACUGACCUCAAUGCAUUACUUGAUAUAAAAGACAUGCCGCACACACAGUAUUAUGGGGUAUUCGAUGGUCAUGGUGGAUUAGAUGCUUCUGUCUAUUCUUCAAAAUUUUUGCACUUGAGACUUGCUCAGCAUGAAUUGUUUAAAACCGAUGUACAACAAGCUCUUAAAGAUACCAUUCUACAGCUCGAUAAAGAUUAUUGCGACAAGUCACAACGGGAUAACUUGAGAAGUGGUACUACUGCAGUUAUUGCUGUCAUCAGAGAAAAUAACCUAUAUGUUGCUUGGAUUGGUGACAGUCAAGCUGUCUUGGUUCGAGAUGGUAAUCCUGUUCAAUUGAUGGAACCACACAAGCCUGACAGAGAAGAUGAAAAGCAUAGAAUAGAAGAAUUAGGUGGAUGUGUUAUUUGGUUUGGUGCUUGGAGAGUCAAUGGCACAUUAUCAGUCUCAAGAGCGAUAGGAGAUGCUGAUUACAAACCUUUUGUUUGUGGGGAUGCUGACACAACUAUGAAAGAAUUUAACAAUACAGAAGAUUAUCUCUGUCUUGCUUGUGAUGGUUUCUGGGAUGUUUUUGAUGGCGAACAGCUUUCUAAGUUGGUAUCUGAUCAUAUGAAAGAGACAAACGGAGACAGAAGUACUCUAGCAAGAAAACUUUGUACAAAAGCGAAAGAGGCAGGCUCGUCAGACAAUAUCACUGUACUUAUUGUUUUUCUCAGAGAUAAGAUACCAAUUAAAGAUGAGUCAGUCAAUGGAAAGGAAAAAGUCACCAACAAAGAUGAGGAAAAUGUGGAAACAGAUGAAAAAAAUGGAAACAACCCUAAAAUUGAAAUUAAUAAUGGUGAUACAGUUGAUUUGCCAAAAAACGAGAUUCCACCAGAAGGCAGUGUUAUGGUCCAAGGCAGUAGACUUCAACCAUCAUUGAAAGACAGACCACCUCACAAAAUAUUUGUCAAUAAACCCAAUGGUCUCAAUUUCAAGGUCAGCGUAAUUGUGACAGAAUCAACGCCACAUGCAAAACUUAGAAACUCUGUGAAAACACAUAAAUCACCUUGGCAGAGUCCACAAGUUUCUCCUGCAAUAGAACGAAGAGAUACGAGAGGUAGUUUAUUAUCACAAAGUACAUACGAUUCUGAUGAUUUGACAAAUGAGCUCAAUUUUAGAACAAAUUUGGAAAACCAUGCCAACAUGAAUGGCCAAUAUGUGCAUCCAGUCCUUCCAGCUAUUGUAAGAGAUGGAAAAGAUGCGUCAAGAUCGCCAAGAAGAAACACCCCAUCACCAUAUUGCAAUUCUGAACCAUCAAUGUCUGUGAAUCAUUAUCCGAUCAAACCACCCACAGUUCCAAGACAGUCAAGAGGACGAAAACUUUAUAGAACCAGUAUUGUAAUGAAUAACUUACAUAUGGAGAAUGGUGCUGAAGUGAAGGGAUAUAAUUCUGGAUGGCAGGAACGAACAUUUACCAGACGAAUGUCUAUGUCUGUGCCAGAUAAAAGACGUCGGAGGCCACAGUCGCAAUCUUAUGGAAAUAUGUACGACAUAAGGCAGAGCAGCGGUACUUCAAAUGCUUUUCCAAUUGAUAAUGGAAUUCGAAAAGAAAACUUGAUAUCGGCUUAUCGGAGAAGAAAUCACUUUGACACAGAUAUCGCAAUUACAAACUCUUUACAUAAUAAAAUCAAACCCAAAAAGAACAAGGACAAAAGACUUUUACUUACUACGAAUAAAGUUCCAGCGACACAGCCAGUGAGAAUGUUGUAUCGGAGACAAAGAAGUCAAUCUGCUCUCUGAGCCUGAUACCACACACACACACUGAGAUGGUGUGGGCAACCUGUUCCAACCUGCUUAGUGCAUGCUUCCAUACCUGAGAACAAGAUUUUCUGAACUUCUAUAUCAAAUUUUAACACUGACGAAUGGUAUCUCUUGUCAUGGUAUGGAUGAGUGAGGCCUGAUUCUUUCAUUCUGACAUAUAAUCCUUGUUAAGGGGGAGUACAAUAUGGUAUGCCAGAACCAUUUCCACAAUAUUUGUAUCACAUCUGCUUGUUCUGAAUCUUCUCUAUAAAACUGUUUGUGUGCCUAUAUUCACAAGUUCGUGUUAUUGACUGCAAUCACAAUAUCAUAAAUUAAAAAAAAAUCCGUGAGAUUUGAAAUUUGUGUUCCUUCAUAAUGUUGCCAGUGCCUUCCUACUGCAAGUAUAUUGUGAAAAUAACAUUGUUGCCUCAAAUGAUUGCUUGAUAGUAGUUUUAUAUUUAUGUAGAUUUAUUUUUUGUUAUUGAUUAAGUGCUUUAUUGCAUUACCCAGAUGUUUUAUCACAUUAUUGGUUUCAUUUUUUCAGUCCAAUCGAAAUAUGAAAUGUCAUGAAAAAUUAUUUGAUUACCAUUUUUCCUUGUUAAAAUAAUGUCAUCGGAGAAGAGCUGAGAAUAUUAUUUUUAAUCAGUUCACACUAGAUUUAAAAUUAUGAUAUUUAUUCAGAUAUUUUGAAAUUUUAGCCCUCAAAUAAUAAUGUCUUUGCUCUGAAAAAAUGGGUCUGGUUCCUUCUAUUCUUAGUUUUUCAUAAGAUAUGUAGUGCUCACAUUCACCUUCAUCUGUUUUUGUUGUUAGCCUUAUUCAAGAUAGAUAUACACUGUAACCAGGUUUUCAAUCCCAAUAAUAUCUACUUUUCUUGCUUGAAGCAAGGUGCAGACUCUAUUUUAAUCAGUAUGUAAGACAAGUUUGAUUAUUUUUGUACAAUCAUUGUUCAGAAAUUAUUUUUUAACAAUUAUGUAUGUUUGAUAUUCAAAUAAAUUAAUUAAACAAG